UAAUCGAAUUACUUCCUUAUACUUAUUUCUUAUCUGUAAGUUAAUUUUCUUUUUUACUGCAAAAUCCAAUUUAGCUUUUUAACGCACGAUUAAAUUAACGAGCAAAUUCAAUUUUUGAAUCAGUAUUUUCAAUUCCAUGUUUCUGAAAACAUGUUGAAUUUAGCAAAAUGAAGGUGCAAUUUGUAAAAAAAAAAUGAAUAAAAUAUUGUUUUUGAUCCUUGUGUGUAAAAACGUAAUAGCGAGCGACGAAGAAAUUAACGAUAAAUAUAUUGAUUUACUACCCGAAGAGGAAAAACAAGAGUUCUUAAAUAGGAUAGCAAGAAGAAUUCUAGAAGGAAUCCAAAGUAAUGAUACUCCAAAUGAAUCACACGUGGAAAUAACAGACGAUCAGUUAGACGCCCAAGAUGCUUUCGUUAAAGAAAUUCUCAAAGAAGAGUCAGAUAAUUUGAAAAAUGAAAAGAGGUUAUCCGAAAAUAAAGAAGCCGAUGAAAAUGAUCAAGGUGAAACAAAUAAUGAUCAUUUAAAUGAAAAUUACGACGCUGGAGUUGAAUCAAAUACUGGUGAUAAAGAAGAACAUAUAGAUUUGACCCUACGUGAAGGAAAGAGACAAAAAAGGACCAAUGGCAAUAGUUUAGUACAAAAAGAAACAACCACUGAGAUGUCUUAUGACGUUAUUCCUGUAAAAAUUGUGUACGAUCAAUUUAAAAAUGAUGAUGUUAAAAUUAAUAGUGAACCUAUGCUUGCGUCAUUAAAAGAAAAUAGUACAAUAGAGCAGGAAGGUACAACAACUAAUGUGAAUGAUGAAAUUACCAUUAAUUCAGAAAAAGAGCAAAAAGUAAAUGUAAACCAUGAAGAAAGUGUAGCUUUUGUAGAUAACUUAGAAAAUUCAAGUGAUUUGGUAUCGGUCAAUAAAGAAAAUUUAGGGAAAUCGUUUCAUAAUAAGUUUCAAAAUAAACUUGAGACAGCUGAAAUGGUAGACUUUGAACGGAAUCCCAAUGAAACUGUAGAUUAUAACAUUAAUGAUGGAGAGACGUCUCCUUUGUUGACUACAGUUUCUGAAGAAGUCACUGAUAGAACGGCAAGCGAUGCAGGGACCCAAAAAAUAUACGAUAACAGUACUGAAGAAAAAGAAAAAGUUCAGGAAGAAAAAACUACUAUAGAAUAUAGCACAACGAGCAAUAAUGUUACAGAAACAAUUAAAGAAACUACUACAAGUUCCACUGUCGCCACAGAAACGAGUAUAGGUGAAAGUACAAAUACUGCGAUAAGCCUACAUAAUCGCAAGGACACGAUUUUAAGGAGUAUUACUGAUUCUUCUGAACAUGAAGAUAUAAAAACUGGAACAGUGACGUUGAAAACAAAAUCUACAUUAGAAACUACCUCAUUAUCAACCAGAGAUAAUACUUCACUUAGUGAACCAAUUAGUGAAGUUGUGAAUGAUACUAGUGAGUCUAAGGACAUGGAAAAAUUAGAUAUAAAUGAAAGCAGUUUUACCAAAAAUGAACAUAAUAUGACAUUAGGAAAUCCUGAAGUAGUAAAAAAUGUAGAAAAUGAGGACAUAGAUAUCUUAUUUGUAUCUAAAAGUGAAAAUAUAUCGACAUCAAAAGAUACUGUGAACGUUAAUACGGUUGAACAUAGUACAGAAAGAGCUAACUCGUCGGAAAAACUGGAUAAUAAUAAGCUAAGUAAUAAUACUGUUUCAAAAGCAAGACCAGACAAUAUAGAUGAGUCGCAAAUUGAUGAAAACGAAUAUAUAAAAAAUAUUGGUGAUGAUUCUAAUAAUGUAAAAGUGUACGAAGUUUUUGAAGUUGAUCCUAAUCAACCGCAUUUCAUGACAACUGGCAAGCCUUCACAAAACGAACAUCCUUUAUACGCACCUGUGUAUAACUAUGCACCGGAAAAUGCAUAUUUUAGGCCCUAUAACAAAUUCGGGCCAAACGUAGAAGACUUUGACAAUAAAGAUAUACUAGAAAGUAAUAAAGACGAAGAUUCAAAGCAAUUCGUUUUAAUAGAUGCAAGAAACCGUUUUUCAGGAUUUAAUAAAGAUAAAAAAAGUGGUAGCUCCGAUACAAAUCUAAGAAAUACUAAACAAUCAUCCAAAAAACAAAAGCCAAACCAAUAUCAUGGAUUUAUAAAACCAGUCACAGUAAAUUUGUUAAACCAGGAAAUCUAUUACAAUCCCGAUGAUUACGCUGAUUAUUAUUUUGGUCGGAUUUUGAGAACAAAGAAAUACAGGAAUAAUAAUCCAAACAAUGAUAAUUAUAAAACGUAUUUUCCUGAUUCUAACGAAGAAGAACAUCCUAUGAAUAGAAUAUCAAAAAGAGGUAGUAUAAAAGACUUUCUCAAAGCUGUAAGAAAUAUUUCGUAUCACCAGAACCUAUUUGGCUUUGCACCUCAAGUAAGCGAAAGACCAAUUCGAAAAACGAAUGAAUUUUUCCAAAAAUUUAAAAAGUCUAAAACACCAAAAAUAUAUCCAAUUUCUUUGGAUUAUUAUUUUGAUAGAGCUGAUCCUGAUAUUAAAAAGGAACGGUUUAGAUCAAAUAAAUCUAAAUUAAAACCUAACAUUGACAUUAAUAUUGUACCAGUAACACCAAAUCCACAAAAUUAUGAAACGGAUUUCGUAAAUAUACCAGAAAAGCAAGAUUUAGAAACAGAUAGUCAUAGUAAAUCGAUAAAUCAAGAAAUUAAUGAUCUGCCUUUCAAAAAAUUAUUUGAUUCAAUGAUAGUUGUAUUGAAAGAUUCGGUACAAGUUAAAAAUGAGAAAUUAGUGAAAUACAAUUGGUUGGAAACGACUGUCAAUAUACAGGCGGCUUUGAGAAAAUUAUUGGAUUUAAUUCAACAAUUAAAGGAUGGCACUCACGUACACCCAAAAGACAUUGAACUAAUGAAAUACACAAUCUACCUUUUCAAAUCAUCAAAAAUAGCAUUAGAAGAAGAAUCAAUGAAUAGAAACUCAAAUAGGAAUAAAGAUAGUAUGAAAACAAAGAAGAGUGCUAUAAAAUUCCCUAAAACUAAGAUAAAAACUAAAAUCAAGGAUCCAUUAAAACUGUGGAAGAACUUUGCAACAUUUCUAAGAAGUGAGGAAAAAAUAGAAGAGCAAAGGAAUAAUUUAAUAAAUGAUUUUGAAGAUUUGCUGGAAAAUCUUCUUUUUAAUUUGAACGAUUUACAUGACGCAAUAAAGCACAUAUCAAUAAUAACCGAAUACAAAAACCAAAAUUGGCUCCAAGAUCUCAAUUUUAUAUACCUAGAAAAAGGAAACAAGAAAAACCUAGCCAAAAUUAUCCUACAUUUGAGUCUAUCUAGACUUCUAGAUUCUAUAGAAGACAGUUCAUCUCUAGUGGAAGAAAAUUUUAGAAAUUUCGUCAAGAAGAAUAGAGAAAUUGUAAAGAAGAGCAAAGAAGAAUGUUUAUUUGUUUUAAAUGUACUGGAAGAGUUGAGAAGAUUAAAUGAAUGAUAAAAAAAAUUAU